AGCACACACGCUUUAUGCUGCAAGGCUAACACGGUCCCGCCACUCUACUCGUCUAUUUUCAAAAGAGUUGGAAUGCGUUCUAUUCUAGGUUUUCCAAUUUUCUAAAUUCUAAACCCCUAAUUUGUCUCCGGGGGUUUAUGCUGAAUUCAGGUCAGCCAAAUCCUCUGAAACACAAAUUGAGUUUCAAUAGCUUUGUUUUCUGUUCCGAUUAGGGUUUUCCAAUUAUGACAGUGAUGGGAAACAAGGCGACGGAAGAAAUCAUUUCGACUGUGCGGUCGAUUGUCGGCGCGGAGUUUUCCGACAUGGACAUAAUUCGAGCUCUUCACAUGGCCAACAACGACCCGACUGCCGCAAUUAACAUCAUUUUCGACACUCCCAGAAGCUUCAAGAAACCUGAUUUUUCUAAGAAGUCUGAGACUUCAAAUAGCAAUGUAAAUGCAGAGCCUCCAAUUAGCGUGGCUAGUGUAAAGCAGAAUGUUAGUGGGGUUAAGGAUUCUGAUUCUGUCUUGAAAUCAAACGGGAGUUUGAACGAUAGGAUUGGAAGAAACCAGGGUGAGGGAAAUGAUAAUACAGACAGCGGGGUGGCGAAAGAAAUGGGGAGUGAGUGGUGGUUUGUGGGAAAUGGUGAGGUAGCGGGGCUGUCCACUUGUAAAGGAAGGAUCUUGAAGCCUGGCGAUGCUGUGAACUUUACUUUCCCGGUUGAGAAAAAGUUGACAAUAUCAUCACCUGGGAAGUUAGCAGGUGGACGAGGCCGGCAGGUGGCAACAUGCUCUGAGAUUGUAAGGUUUUCUACCAACGCUGGUGGAGAGAUUGGUCGUAUUCCAAAUGAAUGGGCUCGGUGUCUUUUACCUCUUGUGAGGGAUAAGAAGGUCUGUCUUCAGGGGUACUGCAAAUCUGCUCCUCCUGUACUGGGGAUCAUGGACACCGUUGUAUUAGCUAUCAGCGUUUACAUAAACAGCUCCAUGUUCCAGAAAAGCCAUCGAACUUCACUUAAAGCAUCCAGUAAUUCAGCAGAAGAGUCAAUUGUUCAUCCGCUUCCGACUUUAUUCAAAUUGCUGGGACUUGUUCCUUUUAAGAAGGCAGAAUUUACUCCAGGAGAUCUGUACACAAGGAAGAGGCCUUUGCAUGAUGAGGAUAGCUCUGCUUUACCUUCAUCCUUGCUGCAUAUAAAUAAGUUGAAGAGUUCAUCUUCUGAGAAUGCAAAUUAUGUUGAAAAUGAGGAGUCAAUUUCUGACAAUGAUCUUGACAAUAUUGUUGGUGUUACUGACAGCUCAGAGUUAGAGGAGAUGGAACCUCCUGGUACCCUGCUGUGUGAACUUCGGCCUUACCAGAAGCAGGCACUUAAUUGGAUGAUCCAGCUGGAAAGGGGACACUGUGUUGAUGAAGCUGCAGCUACUCUGCACCCAUGUUGGGAUGCUUACCGCCUUGCGGACAGCAGGGGAAUGGUUAUCUACGUGAAUGCCUUUUCAGGUGAUGCAACGACAGAAUUCCCAAGCAUGCUUCAAAUGGCUAGAGGAGGAAUUCUGGCAGAUUCUAUGGGUCUUGGGAAGACUAUCAUGACUAUAUCUCUUCUUCUCACACAUUCUGAAAGAGGUGGAUCAUUGAGUGGUGCAUCUGCUAGCCAGUCUUCCAGUGAUAACUGCAAAGCGAGCUUGAGUUCAGAUAAAUCUCCAGUACCUCCUAAAAAAGCACCAAAGUUUGCUGGUUUUGAGAGGCUCGUGAAACAAAAAGCCUCGCUUGUUGGUGGUGGUAAUCUCAUUGUAUGCCCAAUGACGCUUAUAGGGCAGUGGAAGACAGAGAUUGAAACUCAUGCCGAACCUGGAGCUUUGUCGCUUUAUGUUCAUUAUGGACAAAAUAGAUCAAGGGACGCCAAAUUUCUAGUACAAAGUGACGUUGUACUAACUACGUAUGGAGUGCUAGCUUCAGAAUUUUCAACAGAGGUACUCUGCAUAAUAAUAGAGGAUAUUGGGGGUUUGUUUUCAGUUAGAUGGUUUAGAGUGAUUCUUGAUGAGGCACACACCAUAAAAUCAUCCAAAAGCCAAAUUUCUAUGGCUGCCUCUGCUCUUGCUGCUAAUUGUCGCUGGUGCCUUACUGGCACACCUAUCCAGAAUAACUUGGAGGAUCUUUAUAGUCUUCUUCGAUUUUUGAAGAUUGAGCCAUGGGGAAGCUGGGCGUGGUGGAACAAGCUAGUGCAGAAACCUUUUGAAGAGGGUGACCAGAGGGGAUUAAAGUUGGUCCAAUCUAUUUUAAAGCGAAUCAUGUUGAGAAGAACUAAGUCUAGCACAGACCGAGAAGGCAGGCCAAUUUUAGUUCUGCCACCUGCGGACGUUCAAGUGAUAUAUUGCAGUCUUACUGAAGCAGAGAAUGACUUUUAUGAAGCAUUAUUUAAGAAAUCAAAGGUGAAGUUCGAUCAAUUUGUGGAGCAAGGCCGGGUUCUUCAUAACUAUGCUUCAAUUUUGGAACUGCUUUUACGUCUUCGUCAAUGUUGUGAUCACCCAUUUCUUGUUAUGAGUCGAGGCGACACUCAAGAGUACUCUGAUCUGAAUAAACUCGCCAAACGUUUCCUCAAGGGUGGUGUGGACAAUGUCGGUGGCCAAACUAAAGAAGCACCAUCACACGCUUAUAUUCAGGAAGUCAUGGAUGAGUUACGCAAAGGGGAACAAGGAGAAUGUCCAAUAUGCCUAGAAGCUUUUGAAGAUGCCGUGUUGACACCUUGUGCUCAUAAAUUAUGCCGAGAAUGUCUUUUAGCAAGCUGGAGGAACUCUACAUGUGGCCUUUGUCCUGUUUGUAGGAAGACCAUCAGCAAGCAGGAGCUUAUCACUGUCCCAACUGAUAGUCGCUUCCAGGUUGAUGUUGAGAAAAACUGGGUUGAGUCAUCCAAGGUUUCUGCUCUUAUGCGUGAAUUAGGAUAUCUACAGUCGGUGGGCUCAAAAAGUAUAGUCUUCAGUCAAUGGACUGCCUUUUUGGAUCUACUGCAGAUUCCUCUUUCUCGGAGCAACAUUCCAUUCCUUAGGCUUGAUGGAACCCUAAACCUGCAACAGCGUGAGAGAGUGAUAAAGCAAUUCUCAGAGGAAGAUAACAUCAAGGUCUUACUCAUGUCGCUGAAGGCUGGUGGAGUUGGAAUAAAUCUCACUGCAGCAUCUAAUGCUUUUGUCAUGGAUCCAUGGUGGAAUCCAGCAGUUGAGGAACAAGCAGUCAUGCGCAUUCACCGCAUUGGUCAAACUAAAAGUGUGAUAAUCAAACGGUUUAUUGUGAAGGGUACCGUUGAAGAAAGAAUGGAAGCAGUCCAAGCUAGAAAACAGCGACUGAUAUCUGGUGCUCUAACUGACCAAGAAGUUCGAACUGCACGUAUAGAAGAACUUAAAAUGCUCUUCACUUAGACCCUGCUCUUGAUUGACAUAUCUUACAGUAUCAAAUGAUGAAACACUCUUUUCCUUCUUGGGGACUUUAGCACAGUCGAGAGAUGCACGCCUCAUCACUGAAUCUCCAUUUGCUGAGAGGAUAUUGUCAUUGGACAUUGGCCGGACUGAUUUCAUAUUCUAUCAGGAGCGACCUUUGGGAUUUUACUGGAAGCUUGUGACGGGUAAUAUUCUUUGAGAGAGCGGCUUGGUAGUGAGAAUUAUUCUCCUCAGUAUGU